AUGUCUUGGGAGUCAGUUGCCGCCACAAAGCGCCAGGCGCUCAAGGAUUCUAUUCCAGCUGAAUGGGUGAUUCCUGCUGCCAUAUUCCCCCCUGAAGAUCAGUUGGAUGUGACCACCUUUCCUCGGGAAUCCGGCUUUUUCACUGAACGUGAACUAGAGAUCACCUCCAUUUCUGCUUUGACCAUUCUAUCCAAUCUAUCUUCGGGUGCAUGGACAUCGGAGGAGGUGACCAAGGCGUUCUGUAAGACCGCGGCAGUAGCCCAACAAUUGACCAACUGCUUGUCGGAAAUCUUUUUCGAAAAAGCUAUCGCCCAGGCUAAGGAGCUUGAUGCCUAUUUCCAAGAAACUGGCAAGACAAAGGGUCCCUUCCACGGCCUGCCUAUCUCUAUCAAAGAUAAUUUCAACUAUGUUGGCUAUGAUACAACUAUUGGAUUCACCUCCCUGGUUGGCAAGCCCGCUACCUACAACAGCACAAUCAUCGAGCUCCUCCUGGAGACCGGCGCUGUGCUCUACUGCAAGACCAAUGUGCCAACUGCCAUGAUGAUCUCAGAAUCUGUGAACAAUCUUUUCGGUCGCACAGUCAACCCAAAGAACCGCGGUCUCACAACUGGAGGUUCAUCUGGAGGUGAAGCUGCCUUGAUUGCAUUCGGUGGUAGUCGGAUUGGUGUUGGCAGUGAUAUUGGCGGCUCCCUCCGUAUGCCAGCUGCCUGCACUGGUAUCUUCACUAUCCGUGCCUCAGCCGGGCGCUUCCCCAACACCCGUUCGCGCGCCUGUCUGGAAGGCCAGGAAUCCGUGGUUGGCGUCAGUGGCCCCAUGGCCCCGACUCUUGAAGAAAUCGUUUACUGGUCCCGCACCAUUCUCGACCUAGAGCCCUGGACCCGCGACCCCAAGUGUCUCCCCAUCCCCUGGCGGUCUGUGGAGCUGAAGAAAUCCCUCAAGAUUGGUGUCCUCUGGAACGACGGAUUCGUUUCUCCCACUCCUCCUGUAGCUCGUGCGCUCAAGGAGACUGUCGAUAAAUUAAAGGCAGCUGGCCAUGAGAUUGUCGACUGGCCAUGCACCGAACACAUGGAGAUGCUUAUUAUGCUCGGGCGCUUGUUCCUCGCAGACGGAGGUAAGUCUGUAGGGGAUCUCCUCGAGCCAACGGGAGAGCCUUUCCGCCCAGAAAUGAAGCCCUACGAGGACGCAAAAGAAAUUAGCGUGUACGAUUUGUGGCAGAUUCAUGCUAAGCGCAACGCUGUCUGCAAAUCCUACCUUGAUCGGUGGAAUGAGGCUGGCCUUGAUGCUGUCCUAUGCCCUACCACACCAUACAGCAGUGCCGAGAAUGGAAAGUUUGCUUACGCCGGAUAUACAUGUGUCUUCAACCUGCUCGAUUACACUGCCGCUUCGUUCCCUUGUGGCGUAACGACCGAUAAGGAUAUUGAUGCAUCAUACUCCGACCACAAGGCACUGAGUGAUAUGGAUGCGAAGAUUCAGAAAGACUACUCUGCCGAGUCCGUACACGGCAUGCCAGUUAGUCUGCAACUGGUCGGCCUCCGACUCCAAGAGGAGAAGAUUUUGGCGAUGACCGAUGUCAUCCUGAAGGCCGUUGCUCAAUGA